AUUUUGGCCCAUUUUGCUCAUUUUUGCUCCCUUUUCGCAGAUUCUUGAAAAUGGCGGGCAAUUCUCCUCAUGGCGGAGGUUUUCCGGGUGCCGGAGAUGAUUUCGAUCCCAUGACUCUACCUCCGAGGACCCGACCUUUCAUUCCCGGGAGGUACCGUCCGCCAGCUCACGUCCUCCCGCGUGUCGUCUUCCGUCAUUUUACCAGCUUUGACGAGCGAGCACCCGUGGAUCUGCUUCUCAGAGAGCCGGAGCAGCAUCUCUCUCACGAGGCCCGAGAGCUAUGGGUCUAUGUAUACUUCCCAUCAUUAGCCCCAGAGCUGGAGGUAGUAGGGAUUCCCGUGACCCCAUAUUCAUUGAUAUUCGAGGGCCCGCACCAGCCGAGGCCUCGAGAGACCCUCCUUCGCCUGCGAUAG